GGCCGAACCGGCAAAGGGGGGCCUGCGCGGUCUCCCGGUGAGGAGCCCCACGCUCCGUCAGCUACCCUUCUCUUCUUCUUGUAGCUGUCCCAUCUCCUUUCUCCUUCUAGUGCCGCCUUGACACCAUCCUCCCCCCAAUCUUCCGCUCACCGUUCCAGGCGUCAACUCCCAGUGAGGACGGAAGCAGAAUGACGUCUCCUGUCUCUAGCAUCCAUGAGACCAUGAUGGCAUUGCUACGACAAUUGCCGUUGUUGAUUGCAUCUUUUGAUCCAGGAAGAAGUCAAAGAAAAAUCCUUUGGACUUAGAACAGGUUUUGUUCAUCUCUGCUUGAUGCAAUCUAGCACAAUCCCAAAUUCGAACGGUAAGGGCUCACUGUAAUGAGAGAGAGGAGAUAGGGGGAGAGAGACGAGAGGGAAUGAUAAUGAAGAAGAAAAAGACGAAGCAAGCAACACCAUUCCGACAUUCUUCAAUAUUGGCACCCACCAAGACCGACGGUGUUGCACGACGUCGAAGCCAGUGUAGAACGUCAUGAAGACAUAGGCGUGCAACGCUAUGCUGGGCUUGUGACUUGGCAUUACCACCUCCCUCGUCUCUCCUCCUGCCUGCUCAGCCUCGCCGGCGCCUAUAUAGAUGCCAAAGACCAGGGUCGAUGUGUCAUGUCAUAGAAAACCACCAUAUAUAAAAACCGGUUUAGGAGUCGUUUUGUACGGUUUAAACUGUUGGAGGCGUUGUUAUACCUGAUUUUGCGGUUGAGGGGUAUGAAUCAAAUUCGACCUAUAUUUGAGGGAGUCUAGUUGAACUUUCCCCUUUCUAUUUGGAUCCGAAUCCAACGCGCAUAGCCCCAGUUGAGUUUUGAAGUAAACACGACGCCGAGUUUUAUGCAUGCGACGCGACUCGCCGCCGGUCACGAACUUACGAUGGCGUCCACCGCCGCCGGCGACGACUUCCGGGAUUGGUCCGGGCUGCCGGAGGACCUCCUGCUCACCGCCAUGGAGGCGAUGCAACUCCCCGACCUAGUCCACUCCGGCGCCGUCUGCAGAUCGUGGCACUCGGCGUUCGCCACGUUCCGCCGCCUCGGCCUCCGGUCGCCGCCGCACCCGCCCUGCCUGCUGUACGCCGCCGCCGCCGCCGCCGACAAUGCCGUCCGCCUCUACUCGCCGUCGUCCACCGGCGCCCACUUCCGCGUGCCCCUCCUCGACGAGGAGGCGGCCAGCGGCGUCGUCGGUUCGGCGCACGGGUGGCUGUUCACAAGCGACAGGGACGCCAACCCUUACCUCCUCAACCCGCUCACCGGCGCCCGCGCCGCGCUCCCGCCGGCCACGGCGCUCGGGCGCGUCAGGGGCAGGAGGUUCGUCUUCUCCCCCGGCGACGGCGGCCGCCGGGGCGUCGCGUACGACGUCGACUUCGGCCGGCGGCCGGGCGGCUCCCCCGACGUCAGGCAGGUCAUGGCGCGGCGGGCGAGGCGGUGGAUGUACCGCCGGGUGGCGAUGUCGGCGAGCCCUUCCGCCGCCACCGGCUGCGUCGUCCUGCUCCUGCACAUGCCGGAGCGGGAGCUGUCCUUCGCCAGGCCGGGCGACGAGCGCUGGACGCCGCUCGUCGACGGCGGCGUCUGGGCCAGCCACGGCACCUCCUUCCUCGACGCCGUCCACAACCCCGGCGACGGCCUAUUCUACGUGCUGCAGGACUCCAGCCCCGGCGGCGACACCGUGGUGCACUCCCUCGACCUCACCGCGCCGCCGCCGCCGCCGUCCUCCCCGGUGGCCACGAUGCUCAUGUUCGCGACGCCGCCGCGUCCGUGCAACCACCACCUCAAGAAGACCAUGUGCAGGUACCUCGCCAUCACGCCGCAGCACCCGCAGCACGUCGCCGGCGGCCUCGAAUUCCUCGUCGUGGAGCGGAGGUGGCGCAGGUCGGGGAGCGACGACGACGCGAGCACGACGGAGAUGUACGUCGUCAUGCUCAGGCCUCUCGACCUCUACUUCUACGAGCAGGUGAGCCUGCCCGGCGGCGUGGGGGGCGACCUCGCGCUGUUCGUCGGCCACGCCGGCGCCGCCUGCCUCCGCGUGGAGGACUACCCCAUGUUUCGCGGCAACUGCGCCUACCUCACCGACGAAAGCGACGGCGACGGCGACCACGCGAACCCGCCGUCGUGGAAGCGGCUGGACCUUGCUCUGUGGGAGUUCGGCGGGAGCAACUACCGCGGGAGGUUGACGAAGCUGCGGGACAUGUGGCCACUCCACCAUCCAUGGCAAGAUAAUUCCCCGCCUCCUAUUUGGUUUACGCCAUCGCUAGAUUAGCGCAUCUCCAAUUCAAAGGUGUGUGAUAAGCUAUAUAUUGUUGUUAUUUUUUAAAAAAAAUAAUACAAUUGUAAUGCAACUAAUUACAUUGUACUCAUAACUUAUAUUAUAGAGAAAAUUCUCUACAUACCCUUGAAAAGUUUCACAAUUUCUUCUAUACCCCUAAAUUUUACUUCAUCCUAUACAUACCUUUGAGUUUUCAUUUGGAUCUUCUCUCACCUAUACGAACGCUAUGAUUUUUUCAUUUCUUGCUCGUAUAAAUCUUGAAACAAAUUUAACAAUUCAACAAUUAUUAAAAGUUAUAUACAAGUUACAAUAUAAUUACACUACUUAGAUUGAGAAUUCGAGAGAAACCAGGUGAGGAGAAUUGGACAAACAAAAUAGGAAUGGAGCUAGUACUUAGAUUGAGAAUUCGAGAGAAACCAGGUGAGGAGAAUUGGACAAGCAAAAUAGGAAUGGAGCUAGUACUUAGAUUGAGAAUUCGAGAGAAACCAGGUGAGGAGAAUUGGACAAGCAAAAUAGGAAUGGAGCUAGCUGAAGUGUUCUUAUAAAAUAAACUUGAAAGAUGGAGUUAGGUUUAGAUUACUCUACAACUUUACUUCAGACCUACAACUUUACUUCAGACCUAGCUCUUACCUAGCUCUUGAAGCUAAACUUACAAGUUGGAAACUAAAUAUAAACUCCACUUCUUUUCUAGCCAUUCCGCUCUAUCGGAUCUAUGGUAGUCUCAGAUUCUUUUCUAGCCAUUUCGCUCUAUCGGAUCUAUGGUAGUCUCAGAUUUGGUAUUCAGUAGAAUUUCAGAACAUACUCAACAUAGCAAUCCCCUACAACCAUACAAGGCAAGCAGAAUCUGAAGGCAAAUUCUAGACUAAUGAUUCAUGUAUCUUUUAACUCCCAAUUUAAACAGACAGCAUUGGACAUUUGGAAACCAACUGCUGCAAGCCUGCAACAGGUGAAGAAGGAUAUACUGGGCAAGGACCAAGGAGAAUCAACUUAUAACACAAAAUAAUUCACAAGUUGCAUUGAUGUUCUGCAACAGUCCUAGCCUGCCCAUUGACAUAUAACUCCAAUAUACACAAGAAAUAAAAUUUUAACAUGAACAAAUUUUCAAGCAAUAUACAAUGGAAUGCUUAAUGACAAGCU